GCUGAAGAAUUUGAUGAUGACAUUGAGAAAUUGAUCAUCGUUUCUUUUGCUGUGUCCAAGAUGGGGGUUCAGUGUAUGUCAGAAAUACAAGGAUUUUGGCGACGGUGAUCAUCUCCUUCCUCUCUCUCGUACAGUCUCUAUCUUUUCCAGAGCGAGAAAAUACGAUACCGUCCAAGUUAUCGUCAUCAUGAGUCGCGAUACUAAGAAUCUGGACACAUCGCAAGCAUGUUCCGACCGAAUCACCCAGGACGAGUCACCAACUCAGGUUGCCAACGAUGAGAACCUACGAAUCGACAGCAGCUCCAGCACACAAGUCCCCGACCAAGACCAAAGCGACGCCGAAAGCAUAGGCGGCCAACGCAACAGCGAUCUCCCCCGAAAACGCCUCCUAAUCUCCAUAACCGCUCUAUCAGUAUGCCUUUUCGUAUCGUUCCUCGACCAAACGAGCGUGUCAACAGCUACACCCGCUCUAGCUGGCGAGCUUGAAACAGGGACUUCGACUUCAUGGAUCGGAACUUCGUUUUUAAUAGCGUCUACGGCUUUUCAGCUUAUCAACGGCCGACUUUCGGAUAUCUUCGGUCGGAAAAAUAUGCUUUUGCUGUGUUUGUUUCUUAUGGGUGUUGGAGAUCUAGCUUGCGGUUUUGCGAAAACUCCUGUACAGUUGUACGUCUUUCGGUCGAUUGCUGGUGUUGGUGGUGGGGGGAUUAAUAGCUUGGUCAUGAUUAUCGUCAGCGAUAUCACCUCACUGCAGAAUCGAGGCUACUAUCAAGGAAUGCUGGGCGCCAUCAUCGCUCUCGCCAACGGCGUCGGACCCUUCUUAGGCGGUGCGAUCGUUCAAUCUGCGACUUGGCGAUGGGUUUUCUGGAUGAUACCCAUCAUCACUCUGCCUACUACAGCAAUUAUCUGGUUUUACCUUCCUCUGAAGCAUCGAUCCGGAGAAUACAUGGAGAAGAUAAAAAAGAUCGACUACGGAGGCAUAGUUCUAAACAUUGCAUCAACACUACUACUUCUGAUCCCCAUAUCUGGAGGAGGCGUCACAUAUUCCUGGACGUCAGCUUUCUUCAUCGCCACCGUCAUCGUCAGUAUCUUGUUAGUUGUCCUCUUCGUUCUGUUCGAAUGGAAGUUGGCAAAACUACCGAUUAUGCCUCUUCGACUGUACCGCGCGCCUCAUUGCUGGGCGCUGUACCUGCAGUCUUUCUUGACAGGAUUGGCCUAUUUCGGCAACUUCUUCUAUCUGCCGUUAUACUUCCAAUCGGUACUCGGAUACGACGCGCUGGUUGCCGGUGCUCUCAUCUUAGCAGUGGUCAUCCCGACAUCGCUCACGUCUAUCCUUUCGGGACAGUACAUGAGUCGCGUGGGAAGCUAUAUGCACUGCAUCCUGGCUGGUUUCGCUCUCUGGACUCUUGGGAGCGGACUCACGCUUAUCUUUGAUCGGGACACUAAACUGGGCCCGCUGAUCACCAUUCUCAUCGUCGAAGGCGCGGGUAUUGGGUUCACUCUGCAGCCUACGCUUGUUGGGAUGUACGCGAAUGGUCGUAGUGAGGAUCGCGCGGUGACGACUGGUUUGCGAAACUUUAUCCGCACAAUUGGCGGAGCUUUCGGAGUAGUCAUCUCCGGCGUCAUUCUCUCUAACACGCUGAACAAAGAGCUUGGUGGUAGAGGGAUCGUGUCCAACGACAUGAUUGCUCAAUUGACGUCAUCGACGUACUCGUUGAGCAGCAUGGGCUUGUCGCAGGAGGAUCAGGAUGUAGUUCUGGAUGCGUACAUGAAGGGUUUAUACUAUAUAUUUGUCUUCUUUACAGUAUGCUCGGGAUUAAGUCUGGUUCUUACGUUUUGGGUUGGAAACACGAGUCUUAAGUCGCCAGCGAAGACCGAGGACGCGCCGGAUUCAACAAAUCGAGAUAUUACGGAGGAUGAGAAAGCUGCGCAGGUCGAUCUAGAAAAGGGACAGCGAUAGAGAUAGAAUUUCAUUUAUUAAUACAAGAAAUAAAAGUUGUUGUCAAUUGACCUUUAAACAUUGCUC